GUGCGCCACCUCAUAUCUCUCUCUCUCUCUCCACCACGACCACAGCGGCAACGUUGCCUCUUCCUUUUCGUCGACACCCACACUCCUCACCACCAUCGCUGCUCUUCCCUCCGUAGCGACCCUUCGUCUACAUCUCGAUCGCAACAACGGCGGACACAACAUUGUGAACGGGAAAAAUUUGGGAUUCGUCCAUUAAACUUGCGCGGGAAACAUGUUGGGAUUCAAACACAACUUAUUCAGGAAAGGCUCAUAUCAUUUCAAAGAGAAGAUAAGGCCAAUGCUAUUUCCCAUAUGAACACCAUUGUCAAUUCAAUCAAAGGAGAUCCAGUUUUGAUCAAGGCAUUGCAUAUACGGAGAUCAAGGCAGGCAGAAAGUUUCCAGUGCAGAGAAAAAACAAACACUGCAAUGGGCUGCUUGGACACGUCAAGAGGAGGAAAGCUUCUUCACUGCAUUGCGGGGGGCAAUGUUGGUCAUCUGCAUAAACUACAGGGUAUAGAGUCAAGUUCACAGCAUUUGAUUUUUCUAGAUCUUUACAUGAGCGCGCAUAUGCAAUCAUACUAUACUUCAAAGCUGUUGCUUGGAUCAAUUCAACCUCUUACUUUAUGUUCAAAGUAAUCUAAGCACAGAGCAGCAGUUAAAAGAGUUUUAUGUGGUUUGAUCACUUGUGGAAGAUUGUGAGAUUUGAUUGGAGAAUGGUUGGUUCCUUCAUGAUGACAGAGUAACUAUUUUACCGAUUGCUUUGUUAGUUUUCAUGAUAUGAUAAUUAGAGCUUGCUAUUAUAUUCUUAGCCUAAUUACCGUUAAAUGUAAUGUUAUAUUUUCUUUUAGAAUAUAGUAUAUUGUAACAUCCAUCAGAUUGUCAUAUUCUAUAUUUUUUUCUCAACUAGACAAUGCUCCAAAUAUUGAGUUGUGGCCCCCUACUGGACAAUGUUCCCAUCCAUUUUUGUUUAUUAUCCUUUGCUAUUCUAUAUUUUUUUCGCUGUUAUUGAUUGUGUGCCUUUCUUCUCCACCCUCACCCUCACCCUCACCCUCGGAUGAGAUUAUUGAAUAUGCAUAUAAAAAAAUGGCUGAGAUGACAUUAUGAUGACAUCAUAACUUUGCCUAUAAAAAAAUAGCUGACAUAUGAUGAGAUCAUAACUUUUAUGGCCUUGAUAGGGAGUGCUGACAGCAUUAUUUGUGCAAUUUGAGGAGCUGUCGGUUUUUUUUUUAUAUGGUGUUUGGAUUACCUGGACUGAAAAGAAGGUUUUGUGUUUGACCAUGUAAAAUAUAGUUUUUUUUUUAAUAUUAUAUAUUUUAUAAAAUUUAAAGGCAUACUCAGCCAAAGGGAUUUGUUUGGGCAAAAAUGAAACUGCUGCCUAUAGGUAAAUGCUACAGUUACUUUUCUCUGUAAACUAGGUAAAAAUUGAAGAGAGCUUAUUGAAGAAAGUUCAAAAGAGAAACACAAACUAGGUUCUAUAUUUCUUUAAUUGGCCAGGUGUGCCGCUUCUGUUACGUGGGAACAAUGAGAAAAAUGUGAGUUCCUUGUCCAAUAUUUUUUAUAUCAUGGAGAUAUAUUGUUUUGUCAAAACUAGAUACUGGACAGGAGGAAGCAUGGGUUGAACUAUCUAGAUAAAGCUCCUCUAUUGGCCUUGUAUUUUGUGACAAAACAGGUAAAAUUUGACUAAAAAUUUGACUAUUUUGAUAAAGAUGCUCUUACAAGAAGUUAGUAAAUUUUAUAUAUUGUUUACAAUUUUUUAGAAAUGAAAAUAGAAAGCAAAACGAGUUUUUGCUUUGAGUUUUUAAUUUUUUUUAGACAUAGGAAACCAUAGACGAACAUUUCCAAAGAUAUGGAUCACCUUUAAGAAUUUGCAAUUCAUGGGUUGGAAUUAGGUGCAUGCAUGAUGGUCAUUGGCUAAUAAAAGAAUGCUGAUUAAAGUUCGAAGGAUAUUUUGUGGGGCUUUUUUCACUCCUAUCCAAGCCAUAGAAGAGACUACCAUGCUUUGUAUUUCCUCGGAUUUUAGAUUCCACUAAUGUUUUUGAUGUCUAAUUUUUUUAUUCACCUGGUGAAUCUUUAACUUCUCUUGUAGCCCCAGUACUUGUUGCGAAUGGUAAUUUUUUUAAAAUUGAAUAUUGCUUUCUCUUGGGUGCUUAAUUUUUUAUUCACUUGGUAAAUCUGUUAAAUUUGUGUUGUAGCACUAGCAUUGAGGGGUAAUUUUUUAAAUUGAAGAUUGCUUGCUCCCUUGAUUUGCACACAGAAUUUUGCCAUUUGCUAAUUGAAAUUUCUGGAUUAGUUUGUAAAUAAACUGCGACAUGCAAAAGAAGGUGCAAGGGAUAUAAUGGACAGAACUUGUGCUGACUUACCAUGUCAAAGUUUGGCUUGAAGUUGAUGGGAAAGACAUUCCAAUCCCAAAGGAUGCUGAGGGUUUAAUUGUGCUCAACAUAGGUAGCUAUAUGGGUGGAGUUGAUCUUUCGCAAAAUGAUUAUGAGCAUGAUGAUAAUUUCAGUCUUCAGUCCAUGCAUGACAAAACGCUUGAGGCUUUCCUUUGGAUUCUUAUUUCUCUUCUUUUUUCUUUUUUCCUUUUUCCUUUGAUCUGACUAGGGGGUUGGGUGUUUUGAUUCAUUUUCUUCUUAUCUUUUGGCUUUGUAUACGGAGUAGUAAUUUUUUUGUUGAGAAUUGUGAAUUCAAUUUUUGGAUAUAUUAUUUUCUAGGUAAUGUUGAAACAUUAUUUGUGGAUA